AUGUCUGUCAAGGAAAAGUCAGACGUCAACAUCAACCAUGAUGUUGACGUUAAAAUCGAAGAAGGAGUUUCUCUCGAGGUCCCUCAACUCACGUGGGCUGAGCAAUUCCGAGCCCUCUGGUCCUGCAAGCGAGCCGCAGCUGCGUGUCUGGCAUGUUCAUCUGGUGCGGUAUUGAUCGGAUAUGACAUGACCCUCAUUGGCUCCAUCAUUGCCAACGCCGAGUUUGUCCACAAGUUUGGCAUUCAUGAUGCUGCGACGGAUACUUGGUCACUCCCUGCCGAUAGACAGCUGUAUUGGAGCAUCGUGCAGUAUGUAUGUGCUAUGGCUGGCGCGAUCGGCUCCGGAUACUUGAAUGAUGUCGUUGGUCGCAGGCCGGUCUUCCUCUUCCUUGUUGCAUGCACCAUGAUUGGCACUAUUGUGGAGCUCUUCUCCCCAGACUGGAAAAUCUGGAUCGUCCCAAAGGUUCUCUUUGGAGCUGCCAUGGGACUGAUGCAGGGAACUGUCCCCGCGUACAUCUCCGAACUUGCACCCAGCCAUGUCCGAGGAUUCCUCCUCGCCAUGUUCCAAUUCUGGAUCAUGUUUGGCUCUUUCGUCGCGUCUUGCGUCCUUCAGGGUACCUCUACCGUCGCGGGUCCGUGGUCGUGGAAGGGAUGCGUCAUCUCUCAACUCCCACUCGGCAUUCUGUGUCUUACCCUCUUUAUUCCCCUCGUUCCAGAGUCGCCGUACUAUCUUGCCUCACGAUCUCGUAAUGAUGCAGCAAAGAAGGCUCUACUCACGCUGAGAGGUUCUGAGCCGCACUAUGACGCUGAAGACGACCUCGCCAAAAUCAUCGAAGUUCUCGAGCAUGGACGACAAGGCAGGGCAGUCGCGUCAUCCUAUAUCGAAUGCUUCCAAGGCACGAACCUCAGACGCACAUUUCUAGCUUGUCUCCCUAUGGUCAUGCAGCACUUCCUGGGAUUUCCCCUUUGUGGAAACUACGUGGCCUAUUUCCUCACGCUGUCGGGAGUUAAGAACCCAUUCGUCAUUACAGUCAUAUCUAUUACCAUGGCAAUGCUGGCCAUUCUUCUCGCAUUCGUUCUCAUCGAGCUUAUCGGCCGACGACCUCAGUACCUCUUCGGCACAUUCUCUGUUCUUCCCUGCCUACUUUGUAUUGGAAUUCUUGGCUUUUUGAAGCCCACGACCGCGGUCAUGACAGGAGUCGGUGCCCUCUGUAUUAUCUGGUCCUUCCUCUGGUAUCUCUCAGUCGGAGCUGUCGGCUGGACUAUCGUUGGAGAAAUCUCUUCGCCUCGUCUCCGACCCAAGACAGUCUCCAUCGCAGCCAUGGUCAAUUCGCUGAUCAACAUGGGGUGGUCUAUUGCCAUUCCAUACCUCGUCAACGCCGAAAAUGCCAACCUUGGGCCGAAGACUGCAUUGGUUUUCUUCGCGCCAAGUGUUUUCUUCGCAGCUCUUGCCUAUUUUGUCCUGCCUGAGACCAAGGGCAAAACAUUCGAGCAGCUCGAUAUGCUGUUCGAGGAGCGAACACCUGCUCGCAAGUUCUAG